AUGCACUCUUUCUCUAAGCUCUUUCUAGCAACCCUCUCAUUUACCGCCCUGGUUAAUGCUAACCGUCACUGUGACUGGACUUUUGUCGUUGGUUCGGAUCCCACUGGUGGAAAUGUCAUCUACCAAAGCCAAUCGGACGCGCAGUCCAAGGGGCUUGCGUAUGUCAAUUACUGUGACAACUCGUUGAUCCUCGCGGUUGAUUCAACCAGCACUGUUGCUGCUGGCGGCAAGCGUGCCUCUUGCAGUGUUCGUAUCAUCUCUAAACAAAGCUACAACGGCGGUCUCUUUGUCUUUGAUGCCUCCUACAUGCCUGUAGGUUGUUCUACGUGGCCUAGUUUCUGGACUGUUGGCCCGAACUGGCCCCUGGCGGGUGAAAUCGACAUUGUCGAGGGUGUGAAUAAUCAGGACACAAACCAGAUGACCCUUCACACCGGCACGAACCAAACUUGCAUCGUCGAAAAUAUGCAGAGUACCGCCAAUCGAUAUACGGGUCAGAUCUUGGGGACCAACUGUUACAGCACCGGACACCAUGACUCAGGGUGCGGUAUCGAGGAUACGGACACAAGGUCUUUUGGAUAUGGGUUCAAUAAUGCCGAGGGUGGUGUCUUUGCGCUUCUGUGGGACAAUUCCACUGGCAUGUCAAUGUGGCACUUCGCUCGCGCUGACAUCCCUGCGGAUCUCAUAGCCCAGACGCCCAAGCCUUCCACAUGGGGUACUCCAGCUGGUUUCUGGUCUUCGCAAACCUGCGACAUGUCGACCAAUUUCUAUGAUCAGAAGAUGAUCAUCGACACUACUAUCUGCGGCGAUUGGGCAGGUGGCAAUGCCUACUCCCGAUCUGGAUGCCCCGGAAACUGCACAGAUAUGGUCGCCAAUGCUACUAACUACGUUGAUGCCAAGUGGAUCAUCAACUACGUCGCCGUCUAUCAAUGA